GGACAGACACCGCAUUUUCGUUGCCGCCGCUGGUCCGGCCCUUGGCCAUGAAUGUGAAGGCGCUCAUCCGGCGCGCCAAGGAGGCUCCGGAGGUCAAGGCGAAGCCCUCGUCGAAUGACUCAUUUGAGUCGGAGCCAGAGGCGCUGGGCCUCGCGUGCCUUCCCAGCCCUGCGUGGCGGGAGCUGGGCCUUCGGUCGGCGCAGCUGGCCCAGGAGUGGCUGCCGGAGGCGUCGGAGGCUGCAAUUCUGCGAAACUUGCAGCGCAGGCCCGGGGACUUCGUGGCGCUCCGCUCCAAGCGCACGGCGCGCUUCGGCGGGGACCCGGGCCCGCCCUUCGUCCCAGAGCCGCUACCGGACUGGCUGAACGAGCUGUGUGCCGCCGUGUCUUCGGCGGCUGGUCUUCCGAUGCCCAACCACGUGCUGGUGAACCACUACCAGCCUGGGCAAGGCAUCCUACCCCACACGGACGGCCCGGCCUACAUGCCCUGGGCUGCCAUCCUCUCGUUGGGCAGUGCAGCGGUCUUUGACUUUUGGCGUGACCACGCCCAUGCAGCAAGCGGCGAGGCGCCGGCGUUGUCACUGCUGCUACCGCCGCGCAGCUUACUCGUUUUCUCGGAGGAGGCCUACAGCUGCCAUUUGCACGGUCUGGCGGAGCGCCGCUUCGACCGCCUGCAGGAGGUGGCCAACCCGCCCCAGCCGGAGGUACCCGCCAGCUGGCACGAGCAGCUCAAAGAUGGGUGUCUCGAGCGACAGGAGCGCUACUCCCUGACCAUUCGCCAUGUGCCGUGCGGAGAAAGCAGGGGAUGCGAUUCGAGCGCCGAUUCAUCGCCACCGGAGCGGAACUUGUGCCACUAGAGGGUGUGAGAGCGG